CAGGAACCGGAGCUGGAAACCCGGCCGAGGUCCAGCCAGAGCCCAAGAGCCAGAGCUACCCCUCGACCUGUCAGCCAUGGGGGAGAUGGAGCAACUGCGUCAGGAAGCGGAGCAGCUCAAGAAGCAGAUUGCAGAUGCCAGGAAAGCCUGUGCUGACGUUACUCUGGCAGAGCUGGUGUCUGGCCUAGAGGUGGUGGGACGAGUCCAGAUGCGGACACGGCGGACGUUAAGGGGGCACCUGGCCAAGAUCUAUGCCAUGCACUGGGCCACUGACUCCAAGCUGCUGGUAAGUGCCUCGCAAGAUGGGAAGCUGAUCGUGUGGGACAGCUACACCACCAACAAGGUGCAUGCCAUCCCACUGCGUUCCUCCUGGGUGAUGACCUGUGCCUAUGCCCCAUCAGGGAACUUUGUGGCAUGUGGGGGGCUGGACAACAUGUGUUCUAUCUACAACCUCAAAUCCCGUGAGGGCAAUGUCAAGGUCAGCCGGGAGCUUUCUGCUCACACAGGUUAUCUCUCCUGCUGCCGCUUCCUGGAUGACAACAAUAUUGUGACCAGCUCGGGGGACACCACGUGUGCCUUGUGGGACAUUGAGACUGGGCAGCAGAAGACUGUAUUUGUGGGACACACGGGUGACUGCAUGAGCCUGGCUGUGUCUCCUGACUUCAAUCUCUUCAUUUCGGGGGCCUGUGAUGCCAGCGCCAAGCUCUGGGAUGUGCGAGAGGGGACCUGCCGUCAGACUUUCACUGGCCACGAGUCGGACAUCAACGCCAUCUGUUUCUUCCCCAAUGGAGAGGCCAUCUGUACGGGUUCGGAUGAUGCUUCCUGCCGCUUGUUUGACCUGCGGGCGGACCAAGAGCUGAUCUGCUUCUCCCAUGAGAGCAUCAUCUGCGGCAUCACGUCCGUGGCCUUCUCCCUCAGUGGCCGCCUGCUGUUCGCUGGCUACGACGACUUCAACUGCAAUGUCUGGGACUCCAUGAAGUCCGAGCGUGUGGGCAUCCUCUCUGGCCACGACAACAGGGUCAGCUGCCUGGGAGUCACAGCUGAUGGGAUGGCUGUGGCCACAGGUUCCUGGGACAGCUUCCUCAAAAUCUGGAACUGAGGAGGCUAGAGAAAGGGAAGCGGAAGGCAGUGAAGAUGCUCAGCGGCCCCUCCCCGACCCCAUCUCAUUCAGGUGUUCUCUUCUGUAUUCCAGGUGCCAUUCCCACUAAGCUUUCUCCUUUGAGGGCACUGGGGAGCAUGGGGACUCUGCCUUUGGGAGGAAGCAUCAGGGACACAGGGGCAAAGAACUGCCCCAUCUCCUCCCAUGGCCUUCCCUCCCCACAGUCCUCACAGCCUCUCCCUUAAUGAGCAAGGACAACCAGCCCCUCCCCAGCCCUUUGCAGGCCCAGCAGACUUCAGUCUGAGGACCCAGGCCCUAGGAUUCCUCCCCUGGAGCCACGACCUUUGUCCAGACCUGGGUGGUAUAGGUGUUUGGCCCUGUGACUAUGGCUCUGGCACCACUAGAGUCCUGGUCCUCUUCUUAUUUAUGCUUUCUCCUUUUUCUACCUUUUUUU